GAUCUUUGCAAUCUGCAAGAGUGUCGACAUUCCAAAACAGAGUUUUUAUUUUCGUUUUGUAGAUCCCUGGGUCAGCAGAAUUUGUUGAGCUCAUUCAAGAGUCGGUUUCGUGCUGCUGGGUGUUCGAAUUAGUGUCCGUCUGUGGAUGUCCGGAAAUGCUUGCUGGUUGUAUUGAGUGAUUUUUUUGUUUCACUCCUCUGGGUUCUGUGGUGUGGUGGAAGGGAUUUUUAGCUUCAGAAGCUGCCGAACAACAUUAGGUGGCUUGCAUAACCGAGUGUGUCAACAUACUUAUAAGAGUGGAUUAAUCAAGGACGAUGCCGCUGGAUGGUAGUGUGGCAGGGGGUGGACCCGACAGAGGGAAGCAAAUUUCCGCCACGGGCUGUGUUUGCGGGGUGGGUUCGGUUGGCGGUGCAACCGGUGUGGGUGUGGGUGGCCCGGGAGGUAAGCAGUUGUCGGCGAAGAAAUCCCUGAAACUGUCCAGCUUGGCGGACGAUAUGAUUGGGCCGCCUUCGGCGACUGGAAGUCACCACGAAGAACCGUUCCGAGCGCGGCUGCAUCAUCUGUUUGCGCAGAUCGAGAGGGAAUUUGAGCUGCUACAUGCGGAAAAUUUGAGCUUGCAAGAGAAGUUGGAGGCCGUUGCUGGAACGCCCCGGGAUCCGAUGGUUGGCGAGCGCUUGUUGCCAUUGCAGGAUUCGUACGAAGUGGAUGGAACAGUGAACAAAAGCUUCAAGUCCAAAUUGGGUAGCGCUGGAAGUAAGGUCAAAGCUAGUCACAAAAUCCGGGCGCAAACAAGCAGGAUUGUUUCCAGCUUCAAGGCUCAAUCUGUGGUGAGUUCGUUGGUGCGGGAGUUUUGUGGUCACAAGGAUGGCGUUUGGCAGGUCAGUACUAAAACGGGUCAACCGAUCAUUGGUACAGCUUCGGCAGAUCAUAGUGCAUGUAUCUGGGGAAUUGACACUGGUCGAUGCCUGCUGCAAUAUACGGGCCACAGCGGCUCAGUCAAUUCGAUCAAGUUUCAUCAUAGUCGAGAUUUGGUACUUACGGGUAGUGGGGAUGCAACGGCACAUAUCUGGCAAGCAGCUGUGAAUUGGGAGAUUCCAGCGAGAAAGGGACACUCCUCCGAAGAAGAACUGGACGAUGAGGAUGAACCGUACGAGGAGAAGGAGCGAAUCGAUGUCCUAAGGACUCCGAUUUGCGAGUUUUCCGGUCCCGGAGGGCAUACUUCUGUGGUUGUUGCGGCUGAUUGGCUUCCCGGAGGAGAUCAGGUCAUCACCGCAAGUUGGGAUCGCACGGCUAUUCUGUGGGAUGUGGAAACUAGGGAACCACUGCAGCCCCUAUGUGGACAUGAUCAUGAGCUGACACAUGCGUCGGCCCAUCAAAGUCAACGGUUGGUGGUCACGGCCUCGCGGGAUUCGACCUUCCGAUUGUGGGAUUUUCGAGAUCCGAUACCGGCAGUCUCGGUGUUUCAAGGCCAUACAGAGAGUGUUACAUCCACUGUAUUCACCCGGGAUGACAAGGUGGUUUCCGGUUCGGAUGAUCGCUCGGUCAAGGUAUGGGAACUGCGGAACAUGCGCUCGGCACUGACUACGAUCCGUACGGACUCGGCGGUGAAUCGAUUGGCCGUAUCGGCAGGGGGAGUCAUUGCCAUACCGCAUGAUAAUCGCCACAUAAGGUUGUUCGAUUUGAAUGGGCAACGGAUCGCACGUUUGCCCCGUACCAGCCGCCAGGGUCACCGGCGGAUGGUCUCGUCGGUGGCCUGGACCGAAGAUAUCAGUUCAACGGUUUGUAAUCUGUUUUCGUCGGGAUUCGACCGUCGGGUCCUGGGCUGGGCCGUCUGCUUGCCGCCCAAGGAUAAUUAAACUAUCGUGUAUGGUGUAUUCUCAAGAUUAACUCGUAAGAUUUAGUGUGGCUGUUUGAUUCCGGCAUAUUGUACACAAACUAACUCACAAGAUAUCAGCAGAUAUAUAUUAUAUAUGUGUAUAGACGUUCAGAUUGUGAAUCGUUGUUAUUUCGUUGUCCAAAUAGGUAUGUAGAGCUCUUGAUUGAUUAAUAUUAUUUGCUCGGUUGUUUGUUCUUGUCGAUAUGUAUUAUUAAAACAUAAUAUCUUUAAGUCGUAGUGGGUAAGGAAGAUCCAGCACUUGUUUAUCUUCAUCGGAAAUGGAAGAGGUUUAGGAUUUUGACUGUUAUUUUUCUUCUCUUCUCUAUAAAAGGGGUUUGUUUUAGAGCAUUAUUUUAGUUGAGGGGUUCAGACUAAUACACGAGUGAACAAGCUAGGAAAACAAACGGAAUCUCAAUAUGUUUCGAACGACUCAUUGUUAUCAAUGGCACACACACACACACACUAUUACAACUCACAGCAAUCUGAAGUACGUUGCGACAGCUGUACAACAAUCAGGACUCUUAAAAUGCCUUCACGACACAUUUGAAGCAGCAAGUAGAAUUUUACACCCUUCACCGAAAAACAACCAUUUUGAGACAAUUGUGCUGCAUUACCCCGAAUGUCACUUCCCCGAACUGCGAUUCUGUGUAAUGGCGUUCGGGGUUGAUGUAGCACAACCUUUGAGACACAUCAGUAGUGAAGCAAUCAUAUAAUAUGCUGUGAGAGUAGAUAUUUCCAAACUAUAAUCAAUGUUUUUAACCGAACGAGAUCGUACGGAUCUGUGUGGAGCUAAUCUCAAGGAACUUGGUUGCCAUAUAGAAUGGAAUUUUUAGAAAAAGAUGACAAUAGCUACUAUCGACUCACGCAAUUAUGACCUAUAUGGAUAGUCAUUUGCCACACGCUAUAGGGCACAUCAUCGGAAUGUACUAAUUUGCAUAUCUUCGUAUACGUGGAAGGCCGGUUUUAUCGACAGCAAAAAUUGUCCAGCAGAUUUGCCGAGCAGAUUUGACGCAGAAUAUAUUUUAAUCUAUGUACGUACAACGAUAGAAUAGGCUGUUUGUUUUCAAAGACAACAUUUAGGUUUACUGUUUAUUUUUCUGUUUCUCAACCUCCUAGAAGGUGCUGUUUUACACUCUAUCGGUUUUAGUUGCUACUAUCGUGAUCCGGAAAUGUUUGGGGAAAUGUUUGUUCUACAAAAAAAAAAAAUCAAAAAAUCAAUUAUUACAAAUAGUCAAAGCGAGGGUGACUUGAAAACCUUUGAAAACGUGCAUAUGUAAUCGAUUUUUCAUCAUACCAAAUAUAAACACAUACAAAUUAAUAAAACUUCAAAGGCAAUUGGAAAUCACACCUGAAAACAAAAA